UAACAACUAAAUCAACAACGGAAGGCCAUAAAGAAGAAGGGGGUGUUUCGUCUUCUCUCUGCAAAGGAGGAAAGGAAGAACCUCUCACAUGUAGAUGGGUACCUCCAAGCAGGAUUUCAAGAGAUCACAAUACCCCUAACAGUAAUACCUAUGAAGAUCGAAGCCAAAUUAUCUUCCGUAAAGUACGAGGAAUACUCAACAAGAUUACUCCGGAGAAAUUUGAUAAGUUGAGCGAGGAACUGAUUAAUCUGGGUCUUGAUUCAACACCUAUUUUAAAAGGAGUCAUUUUGUUAAUAUUCGAAAAAGCUUUAGAGGAACCCAAGUAUAGUUCUAUGUACGCUCAGUUAUGUAAAAAAUUAAGUGAAGAAGUACCUAACUUUGAAAAUAACAAUUCAACAAUACUUAAUUCUCACAACCCCAGCGCCAAUCGGACAUUUCACCGGCUCCUAUUGAUCAAGUGCAAAGACGAAUUUGAGAAACGCUUUCGAGCGACCGAAGCUUUCGGAGAUGGUCCUCUUACACCAGAUGAAGAGGAACAACGAGCUUUGGCCAAGCAUAAAAUGCUUGGUAAUAUUAAGUUUAUAUGUGAACUUGGUAAACAAAAGCUUUUGCAAGAAAAUAUUUUACACCGUUGUAUCCAUCAAUUAUGUAAGAAAAAAGUGGAUGAGCCUAUACAGAGUAAGGCUGAAGACCUUGAAUGUCUCUGUCAGAUAAUGAAGACAAUCGGUUGUCUUCUGGAUACACCUGAAGCCAAACCUUUGAUGGAUCAAUAUUUUGAAAGAAUGGAGAAAUUUUCCCAAAAUCAGGAGUUACCCUCACGGAUCCGAUUUAUGCUCCAAGAUGUAUUGGAGUUACGAGCAAAUAAAUGGGUUCCCAGACGGAUCCAAAGGGAACAGAAUCCUAAAACAAUUAUUCAAAUUCGAGCUGAGGCAGCUAAAGAUUUUGGUGUUUUUAUGCCUCCAGCUGUACCCAUGGGUAAUCAGCAUCAACUUUAUCAACUUUAUCCAAAUAUGACUUUGAGACAAGCUCAAUUUCUAUCAGGCUCUAAUCAAAUUCUUAUGAGUCAUACUGCUCCUGGACAGCGAGCACUUGAUGAUCUUUAUUCGUCACCUUUACUUCCUUAUGGAGUAGGUGCACCAAAUACAAUUGGUGGUCAAAAUCGUGGUGGUUUUGUUAAUCAAGAGAGAGAACGUGAUCCUGCUGUAGCUGGUCGUCCAAAAAUGAACAAUGCUAAUCCAAUUUACCAGCAACACCAACAGCAGCAUCAACAGUCUCAUCCUCAUCAUCCACAUCAUCACCAACAGCAGCAGCAACACCACCACCAACAUCACCAACACCAACACCAACACCACCAGCAUCAUCACCACCAACAACAUCAUCAACACCACCACCAAUCGCAUCACCAACAAUCCCAACCACAACAACAACAAGGACAAACACAGCAACAACCGUCUGGCCAGAACUCUUCACCAUUGAAUGUUAGUGCUAAUGCAAAUAGUAGAGUAAAUGAAAGUGUCAACAAAGAUUUGCCACCUCGAUUUCAAAGGAUGGCUUUGCAACAGCAAACACCACACACGCCUAUCAAACAACAACAACAGCAGCAGCAACAACAACAACAGCCUCAACAACCUAUUCAAAUUCAACAGCCACAAAUUGCACCUUCCUUACAACGGCCUAUGCAAGGGCCUAUUGGAGGAAUACAGCCAAAUACUAUUAAUCAAAACCCUGUUGGAGAUGGUAAUGUUAUAAGGCAACCACAAUUAACCAAUAAACCGAUCGUACCAGUUACUACUAAUCAUUUUAAUUCUCUUGAUGGCAAUGAAAUCUCACUCCGACCAGCUCAGAACUCUAUCAUGCACAAACAUAAUGUUGUUUUGAACAAAUCUAAAGCCAACAUGUCCCCCCAAUUGAUCAAUGUGAAUCCUAGUUUGAACAUAAUGGAUAACCAAUUAGCUUCUUACCAGCUACCAAUUGGUAUAACUAACAAAUCUCACAAAGGAAAUAGUGAGCAUCAAGCUAAUUUAAAAAAUAAAUCAGCAAAUCAAAACAAUAAGGAGAUGAUCUUGAAAAAAGCUGAAGAAAUAUUGGUCAAUUUUCUGUCAACAUCCGAAAUAGAAUCAAGUGUCUCUGAUAUUCAAAAUCUUAAAGUACCUAAAAAUUAUCAGAGUGAUGUUCUUGUCAAUAUUAUUUCUAAAACGUUGGAUAAGACGGAAAGUGACCAAGAAUUGGUCAGUAAAUUGUUGCUACAGUUGAAAAAGGACAGUGUCUUAGAUACAAAUGUCUUCUUUUCUGCUUUUAAAGAUUUGUUAAAUCAUAUGGUUAAUGUGGAGAAUGACAUUCCUUGGGUUAAAUCUUAUGUUGCCGGUUUCAUGGCAAGAGCAAUUGUCGAUGGACUUAUUACCUUAAAAGAUGUGUACGGAGUAGUUGAAGGUGGACAAUAUUAUCCUCUGUUAUUACUUUGUCUUCAAACUCUCCAUCAAACCCAAGGUCAAGAAUGGUUAACUACAACCUUCAAUGAGAAUAAGAUCAAUUUAUUAAACACUUUACCUGAGAUAGAUAGAGAGAAAGAGAGGUUAGCCGAUAUUCUCAGAGAAAGAAAUCUCAGUUUUCUUUAUCCAUUAUUGCGAAUUGAGUUUGACAUGAUGAAACAUUUAAAUAGUGCUGAUUGUUCACCCAAUUCACUUUAUCGUUGGAUAAAGAGUAACGUUGAUACCAGUUUAAGAAAUACUCCUGGCUUCAUUAAUCUAUUAUUCACUUGUGUUGCCAAGUAUAUUCUUGAGAAAGCCAAACAAGCAGCUUCUGAUGCUACUUUCAACGAAGGUGAUGCAAACAAUUCCGGUCGAUCUACAAACGUCAAUGAUCAUGAAAGGGAACUAUUAUCUAAAUAUCAAGCCGUUUUUCAGGCUUUUCUUCAAGAGAAACCAAAUCUACAGUUAACUCUUCUGUACUCCUUACAAAGCUUUUGGUACGGCCAAGGAUGUCCCAAAGGUAUGCUGUUGAGAUGGUUUACAUUUCUAUACGAUUUAGAGAUAGUUGAAGAUGAAGUAUUUUUCAGAUGGAAAGAGGAUAUAAACGAUGAAUACCCUGGUAAAGGGCAGGCUCUAUUUCAGGUUAAUAAGUGGUUUGAGUGGCUUGAAAAAGCCGAAGAAGAGGAAGAAGAUGAUGAUGAAGACGACGGGCUCUGAUAGCGGUACUAAAUGAUGCUUGGUGUGUGUUCAGUGUGAGUGUGAAAAAGUUCAUUCACCUGCUACUUUCUCAGCCACCCCAAUCUCUCACACUUUUCCUUCACAUAAACUUAUAUACACACAGCAGCAGAAUCCACACUUAGCCACUAGCCACUUACACACACACACACACACACACACACACAUCACCUUCUAGAAAUUAUAAUGAUGAUACUUGUCUGGUUAUUUCUUUCUCUCUCUCUAUCACCUGAUCGAGAAGAAAAGAUGCAAGAUGAUAAAGGAAAAUGAAUAUUAAUCAACUAAACUCUAAAUUGACUGUAAGAAUCUGUUAACCAGUUAACCUUACAAAAUACGGAAAAAAACAACAACAAAACUAUGAUGAAAACAAACAUGUUCACAAUUAGUCUCUUUACAACAAUUAAACUUUCUUCAUCUUUUUGAACAAAAAAA